AACAAUUCAUAGACUUACCCCCAUGAUCAUCUUCAACCCCUCCCUAUAAUUUAAGUUGUAGCAAAAUUACAGAAAUGGCAAAAUCUAAGCUAAGAAGUUCAUUUUCCUUCCCAAAUCUCCUACUUUCCUGUCUAAACUUGACACUCUUCUUACUUUCUUUUGCAUCACUUGCACCAAUAUUUCUCCUCAAGACACCUCCAACUUCCUUAGGCUGUGCUCUUCUAGUCCCGGGUUUGGUUUCUCUCUUAUCUUCCUUUCUCGGGUUUUACUCUCGACUCACUGAGUUAUGCUUCACUGCUCACAUAUCCUUCAUCCUCGCCUCGCUCGCUAGCCAGGUGUUUAGCUUCCUCGUCCUCUUUACGAGGGAGAAGGCGAGCCUCUCGAUGCUCAAGUCACCGAGGGACCCGAGGGAGGCGAAGGUGUUGGUGAUGUUGGAAUGUGGGAUAUUGAUGGUCAUGUUUGUGUUGCAAGUGGUAGUUUUGGUGUUGAGUUGUGGUGUGCAUAAGUGUUGGGUGAGAAAGUAUGAAGGGUUGGAGGAGGAGAGGGAGAAAACGUCGAGGAAACGGAAUCGGAAGAUCGCCGGAAUCGACGAGGGUAAACCUAAGGAGUUGGAUGAGAAGGUCAAGAGUAAGAAUGAUUUUGAAGGGUACGUGAGAUAAUAACAUAUUAGGGACUUAUUAUUAAGAUUAUGUUGUGUAAUUAGUGAAUGAUUUAUGCAUUACUACUAGUAAUCUCAUAUUGAUCACAUUGUAGUGGUCUUAAAUCCGUUUAUGCAUUUCCCUUGUAAUGAUUUUUUUUUAUAAAGUUUGUCCAAUUGUUCUUUGCAUAAUGAUAAGUAUAGAUUGUUUGAAGUA